AUGGUCGAUUCUGAGGAGACUCCGUACAACGGACACUACGACAGCACGGAUGUCAACGAUCAUGGCGGUCAGGACGUCGGCUCCAACAACGGCCAGAAUCCACACAAUAACGAAGGUCGCCAUCAGCGCUAUACGCAAGGCAGCCACAGGAACAACAGGGGCAACAAUCGGGGGAAGCAUCGUGGCAACAAGUCGAUCGGUCCGCAACCUGACACUAACGCCUCCGUUCAAAUCAGCCAUUCCUCGGGCAUGAGCCACAAAAGUACCAUACCAGAGACCGCUCCCCUGCAGUUUCCAGGUUCCAAGGGUAAAGAGAAUCUUCCCAAGGUCACUCCUGGACCCAAAGCCGAUAUCGCUCCGUUUACGCCUUCGAUGCACGGUAGAGGCCAAGGCAAGAACAAGGGAGAAGCAACUAUGGAUGCAACCACUCCGACAUCAGGGUCUAGCCCCACCCUUAUGAUGCCAACUCCUCAACUCAUGUUCAAUAUGCAGCCCCUCAACGAAGCUGUGUCUGCCUGCGCCACGCUUUCGACAGUCUCGUUCAUGCCCACCACUCCGAAGCUCAUCCCUGAUGCAAAGAGUAAAUAUACCACUAAGACUACACCCGUUUCCAUGGACGAUGCUGCAGAGCUCAUCAUCGAUGAGAAGACGCUGUCGACACUUUCCGACCUCAAGGGAGCCCACGCCAACGGCCUUCGCAACACACUCACAGAGGCCUACAGCACCCUCCGCAAUAAGCAAAACCACGCCAACACCGUCCGCGACACUAUCGAAGCGCAAAUUAUUGCCACAGAAGAGAAGUUGCGUAUCUGCGAAGUCAAUAUGUUGCAGUUGAACGAUCGUUUCGCGACCAGGCUGGAAAGGGCGCAGGCCACCGCACAUGAAAACGACAAGGCUACCAUGUACCUACAAGCGACCCAUAGUAUCCGCGCUGCACAAGAGCAUUCCGAGGCCAUGAAGCAGUUUGCAAAGGAACUUGGAGAGCUGCAGAACAAGCGGAACAAGGUAGAUGCCGAGAUUCGUCGUCUGAACCAGGAGCUCGUCGAUGUGCUCUACGGAACUAUCAAGCACGCCCUUGAUUACGCCGAGACGAUUACAAGGGACUAG